AUGCGGACAACAACAGCUAUCGCCCUCGUUGCCGCGUCCACUGCGACGACCGCCCUCGCCAAAGACGCUGGUGGCUUCCAGCUGCUGUACACUUCUUCGUCCAACGUCUCGUGGUGCAUCCAGCCGCGCGCCGAAGACGACAAGGGCAACACCCGUCCGCCUCAGGUCGGUGACCAGCUCAUCUUCGACGACUGCCAUUACGCCGUUGAGGGCUUGAAGCGGGGUCAGAUCUGGAGCUGGCUUGGAAACCAGCUCCAGGUCCAGCUCGGCGGAAGCAGCAGUUUCUGUCUUGGUCUCGGCGAGAGGGUUGUGCUUGCCCCGUGCAGCCAGGUUGAGGAUGACCAGGGCGAGGAUGGAGAUGACCAGAGCCAGAACGAGGGAGACAAUGAGGCCGCAGGUGCCAUGGCGCCGAAGACCACUGUCGCCGCGAGCCUCAUUAACUGGAAGGCGUUGAGUGUAGCGCCGGGCUCCCACGCAACUGCAGCUGCGGACCCGCCCAAGACCGCUGGAACGGCUGGGGAACAGGCGAAGAAGGAGGUGGUCAAGACGAAGUGGCUGUUCCCAUCCGAUGGCAAGCUCUGUGUCUCCAAGGACGAGUGUAUCAGCGCACAGCAUCCCCAGGACGCCCCCACGAGCAUCACCCCUGCCCUUACGAUCACUGAUCGCGACUACGCCGCACACAUCGGCUUCGCCCGUACCUACAACCCCCACGGCGUAGACGCCGCGAGCCAGGCCGGAGCUGGGAGAGUAGGUGGGGAGGGCGUCCAGAACCAGUCCGGAUCAGCACAGGGACACAAGGUCCCUCCAUCUAACAACGGAGGAGAGCAGAACGCGGACUCGCACAACGGCCUCGGCAAGUUUGGUCGCGUUGGGCUUCCUGCGAAGGUGUGGCAGGAUGAUGGAGGAAAGAAUGAUGAGACCAAGGAAAGCGAAUAG